AUGGCUCCGAGGCGACCCGUGACGGCAACGAGUACGGCGGACGGCAUGGCGAGGUCGACGACCGAGACGGUGACGGCGGACAACACCGCCAGAGUGCCAGUGCCUGACGAGAACAGCGAAGCGUCCACGACCAUGAUGACCGGCUCAGCAGUGACGGCCACGAACGGCCGAAGACGCGCGAAGCAGACGGCGACUGCUGCAACGAGACGCCGUGAGCGUCUUCGCGAACGAGACCAGCGACGUGUGCACUGGGCCGCCACGGUGACGAACGACGGCGACACGACCCGCACGGCGCUGAGUGCUGGCUGA